AUGUCUUCUCGCUCCGCCACCCCUGCGUCGACGCCUUCGCUCGUCAACCGCCGCCUCGCCUCCUUGCUCGUGGUUCUUGAGGCUCCGCUGACCGCCAACGCUGCGCUCAAUGUGGUCGAAGAGUGGGCGCAAGACUUGUCGCCGCUCGUCCUUGCCUAUCGCAAGGCCUUGGGCACCAUCCGCGACGAGGAGAUGGAGCUGCGCGUCGCCACCGCCGUCAAACAGCUCGCAGAGCGGGUGUCGGAGUCAUGGGUCGAGUGGGCGCGCGGUGACUGGCCCAAGCUCGCGACCGCCAUCGAUGCCGAGGUCAAACGACGCGUCGAAGAACAGAAGCGCCUCGCCGAGGAGGAAGCAAGACACGUCGAAGAGGCUGCGAAGCGUGCGAAGGCCACCGAGGACCGUCGCCUCGAAGACGAACAGCGUCGAAAGGACAAAGAGGACCGUCGCAGGCAGGCCGAAGACGAGCGUUGCGCACAAGAGGCUGCCAACAAGGAGUUGGCAAGGAUCGCAGCCGCCGAGGGACUCCUUGCUGACCCCGCGCCUGCCGGUGUUGACAAGGGGAAAGGGCGCACGAGGGUCGAUGACGAGGUCACUGAGUUGUCAGAUGACCCUUCGGUCAAGACUCCUCGGACGGUCGAACACCCGUUCGUAAUGAUGGAGUGUGAUCGCUGCGCCGGCUACCGCGCGGCCCCAGUCGAGUGCAUGUGGGUCGAGAAUGUCACAACCUGCGAGAGGUGUGCGCAGUUCCAGCAGGGAUGCUACUUUGACAAGGUUUCUGUGCUUGGGAAGACAAAGAAAACGCGCGGCGGGGGAUCAACCACAAAAAAGCGCAUUUGGCCGACCUCUCCUGGGCCUUUGGUCAUGGACUCGAGUGGUUCGAAGAAGCGCCGAGUCGACGAGCCUCCGCGCCCCCUGCUUCGACUGCCUCUCGAUGGGGCCAGCCGCCUUGGCCUCGAACAGGACAACCUCGACGCGCUCGACCUCGACAACAAAUCUCGGGGGAUAAUUCGCGUCAUCCGCGAGGAGCGUGCCUUCAUCGCUCGCCGUCGAGCGCUCCUCCACAACAUGGACCUCGACCUCCAAAAGAUGGAGAAGGCCGCGCUUGCGAAGGGAGGGAUUGUCACGACUUGGUACGGCGUCUAG